UUCAUAACUCACAACCCAGCUCGUCAUACAAUUGGCAACACAGCUCGUCAUACGACUCCCAUCCCGGCUUCCCUCACGGGGCGGAACCCAACUCGCAACAUCACGUGCCCGAGGUUAUGCCGAUUAUCGAUGGACACGGAGGAACAGAUAAUAUCUUCUAUCACAGCCGCCAACUCUUUUUCAAAGGCUUUCACGCAAAUGAACUUUGUGCAUAUCAUGAAUUGCAUAGAGAAACAGUUUGCAGCCCCAUAGUCAAUGGUGUUUUAUUUUUUGCUGUUCCGGUUGCUGGCCAUCUCGAUUGCUUUUUGGUGGCAUAUGAUAAUAAAAUUGAAUUAGUCGAAUGGAAUACUUUAACAAAUCUUCCAGGUCGCAAAUUGGCGGCAAUGACCGAGGUCGACCUGCAAAAAAAUGAAUUCAUUAAUUCUGGCACUGGAGACCCCUUUGGCGGAGUAUGUUUUUGGACGCUUAGAAUGAGUGAACCGGUUUUUGGAAAAGUGUGGACUUUCGGUGCAGUUUCGUUUCCUUCGCUCCUUGAGCAACAUAGGCUUGUGGGACUUCGUGUAAGCAAUGGAAUCCUAUGGGAUCUUACCCAUAUAGAGAGAAUCUACUGCGUUGAUGGUCUGAGUAAUAGAAUCAUGUCCUUCACUUACAAUUUGGCAGAAAAAAAAUUUACUGGGUUUACUGGUAUUGCCUUUGAUUUGAAUGCAUGGAUUGAAAGCCUGGAGCAUCCUCUCUAUACCGGUCAUGCCAUGCUGGGUCGGAUGACAAUUGAUACCAAUGGGCGGAUCUGGGUGCCUCUUAAUGGAGGUUCACAUGUCCUUCAAAUUGACCCAGUUUCUAGAGGAGUGCUUCAGGCUAUUGCCUUUCGUGCAGUCAGAGUCACCGCAUGCGUUUUCGGAGGUGAGAAGUUAAAUAUUUUAUAUGUGUCAUCAAUCCCAUAUGGUGGUGAUGCAGCUCCAGUAGGUGAUCAGGGUGGUAAGAUUUUCGCCGUUACUGGCCUUGGCGAAGGCGUGAAAGGACGUGAGGCAUGGCCAUAUCAUAUGCCUGAAACAUUUAUGCGUCAACGAAACUCUAUGUAUAUGCAUACUCCAAAGCAUAAUAGUAAAGGCAUUCCAUAUGUUUGA